AAUUGGAUUGGCCCAAACACGAUUCCACCCCUGUUCAGUACGGUCAACAACUUAACCAAACUCUACACAUAGAGUUGCAACUAGUUGUGUGUAUUUCUUGUGUGCAGUACAGAUCAUCGAUCCCUACCAUCUCAUCCAAGCAAAUUAAGGAGCUCAAAUGGCGAAUCUGAUGAACAAGUACUUGAUAUUAAUAGCUGUUGUUGUGCUGUCAACGAGCCUGGCGAGCUGCGCUGAAGGACCUUUCAUCGUUGCGCACAAGAAAGCUUCUCUUAAUCGCCUCAAAUCUGGCGCUGAACGAGUCUCUGUAUCUAUCGAUAUCUAUAAUCAAGGAUCUGCGACUGCUUAUGAUGUUAGUUUGAAUGAUGAUAGCUGGUCCAGUGACUAUUUCAAUAUAGUCAGUGGUAAUACUUCAACGUCAUGGGAAAGGCUUGAUGCUGGUGCUCUUCUAUCACACACUUUUGAAUUGGAGUCCAAACUACAGACAGUGUUCUAUGCUACACCAGCAAUUAUCAGAUUCCGUGUUCCAACAAAAACUGCUCUACAGGAGGCAUUUUCAACUCCACUUCUACCUCUGAACCUCCUAGCUGAUAGGCCUGUUGAGAAGAAGUUUGACCUGGCCAAGAGGUUGUUGGCAAAAUAUGGGUCACUAGUAUCUGUGAUCUCUAUUGUGGUAUUGUUCAUCUACUUGGUUGCAAGCCCAUCCAAGUCCAGUGCUGCAAAGGGAGGCAAGAAGAAACGCUAAUCUAGAGAUUGUACAAGCUUCUUACCAUCCAUUUCCUAGUCGACAACUAUACUACCAAAUUGCAUCACUGUGGCUUCCUCUGUGAAAGCUGCUCCACCUUGUGUUCUUCUCUAGGGGGAAAUUUCACCUUUUAAAAGAAAAUCUACUGGUGAAGUUGUAACUUACUUUUAGUUUUUUGCUGGACAGGCACAUAAUAGUAUGAGG